UUCGCCACUGCUCCAACCAGGUGGUGGGAGUCGGGACGCUGGAAAGCGACUCCGAGAAGAGGGUACUCGUCCACGGCGGCCGCCGCCACAGCGACUCGCGGGGAGUAGCAGCCGAAGACGGCGGCCGCCGCACUGGCCCUCACGCGUGGAGGAUAAACAGCCGACACGACCAUCGCGGCAGCCAGUCAAGGGAAAGAGGUAGCGAAGACGGGGAAAAAAUCCGUGGAAACGACGACCACUGCUGCAGCGUCUCUACGGCCAGAGUAAGUGAGGACGUCAGCUUCUCCCGCAGGCACUCGAGAAGGGUCAGUGAAGACCUGGGCCACCGCCGCAGUGGUUUUCCGGACAGAGUUAAGGGAGAUGGUGGCGGCCACGGUCACAGCAGUUCCUGGGACAGACUAAGGCUUGGAUACCAGGGCUUUCGCAGCAGCAUCGUCAGUUUAAGUGAAGUCGACGGCCACCAAACUAGUGACUCGGUGGGAACGGUCAGAGAAGACCGCAGCCUCCGCCUCGGUGGUACUUGGGAGGAAGUCAGGGAAGUCGGCGGCCGCGGAACCAGCCACUCGGGGGAGAGGGGCAGUGACGACCGCAGCCGCCACCUCACUGGCUCUUGGGAGGGAGGGAGUGUCGAUGGCGGCCACAGCCUCAGUAGUUCGUGGGAGGGAGUAAGUGAAGACGGCGGCUACACGGCCAGCGCAUCCUCCGCGGUGAGCGUCAGCCGAGAUUCCAGCCCCCACCUCAGUGGCUUCUGGGAGAGAGAAAGUGAAGACGGAGGUUCUGGCUGCAGGGGCUCUGGGCAGAGAGCAAGGGAGGACGGCGGCCCUGGCCGGAGUGAAGACGAAGACGGCCGCGGCAGUGGCUCGUGGGUGACGGCAAGUGAAGACCGCGGCAGCAGCGGGGGCCUGGAUUCAACUCCUCCUGGGAGCCCGAGAGAUCGCACCAUGCCCGGGGUGCCCCAUUCAGGCCCCUCCACCUCCUCUACGGAGACGGCAACCUCUUUAGGUGGCAGGAAGAAGGUACAUUUUGGGAGCAUACAUGAUGCAGUGCGAGCUGGAGAUGUAAAGCAGCUUUCAGAAAUGGUAGAACGUGGAGCCAGAAUUAAUGAAGUUGACAUUCUCCAUAAAUUUACCCCUUUACAUUGGGCAGCACAUUCUGGAAGUUUGGAGUGUCUUCAUUGGCUCCUCUGGCAUGGAGCUGAUAUUACACAAGUAACUACGAGAGGUUGGACAGCAGCUCAUAUAACUGCAAUCAGGGGUCACGAUGCUUGCAUGCAGGCUCUUAUAAUCAAUGGAGCAAAUCUGGCAGCUCAAGAUGACUGGGGUUGCACUCCUUUGCACUUUGCUGCAACACACGGACAUUCUUUCACCUUACAAAUAAUGCUUCGAAGUGGAGUGGACCCCAGCGUGACUGAUAAGAGAGAAUGGAAACCUGUGCAUUAUGCAGCUUUUCAUGGACGGCUUGGCUGUUUGCAACUUCUAGUUAAAUGGGGAUGUGGCAUAGAAGAUGUAGACUGCAAUGGAAACCUUCCAGUUCACUUAGCAGCCAUGGAAGGCCACCUUUACUGUUUUAAAUUUCUGCUCAAUAGAAUGAGCAGUGCAACACAAGCAUUAAAAGCCUUCAAUGAUAACGGAGAAAAUGUACUGGACUUGGCCCAGAGGUUCUUUAAGCAGAACAUUUUACAGUUUAUCCAGGGGGCUGCGUAUGAAAGAGAUGAUCCAGAAGAUCAAGAAACUUUGGCAUUUCCGGGUCAUGUGGCUGCCUUUAAGGGUGAUUUGGAAAUGCUUAAGAAAUUAGUAGAAGAUGGAGUAAUCAAUAUUAAUGAACGUGAUAAUAACGGAUCAACUCCUAUGCAUAAAGCUGCUGGACAAGGCCACAUAGAGUGUUUGCAGUGGCUAAUUAAAGUGGGAGCAGAUAGCAAUAUUACCAACAAAGCAGGAGAGAAACCCAGUGAUGUGGCUAAGAGGUUUGCUCGUUUAGCAGCAGUAAAGCUAUUGGAGGGGCUACAGAAAUAUGAUCCAGAUGAUGAGAAUGAAAUCGAUGAAAAUGAUAUGAAGUUUUUUAUAAGACAUGGUGUUGAGGGAAGCACUGAUGCCAGGGAUGAUUUAUGUCUUAAUGAGUCGGAUAAAACAGAUGCCAGAAUCAGAGCUUAUAAGAAAAUUGUAGAAUUGAGACACCUCCUGGAAAUUGCUGAGAGCAACUAUAAACACUUGGGAGGGAUAACAGAAGAAGAUCUAAAGCAGAAGAAAGAACGACUCGAGUCUGAAAAAACUAUCCAAGAGCUGCAGAGCCAGCUGGAAUAUGAACGAGUACGUCGAGAAAAAUUAGAAUGUCAGCUGGAUGAGUAUCGAGCAGAGGUGGAUCAACUCAGGGAGACCCUGGAAAAUAUUCAGGUCCCCAACUUUGUGGCUGUGGAAGAUGACUGUUCUUGUGAGUCAAGCAAAGAGAAGAGGGGAGUGAAGAAAAAAGUGUCUUCUGGGGGAGUUUUUGUGAGAAGAUAAGCGUCUUACUGGCAACAUCUCAACAUCUCAGAUAUUACAGGGGCCAGUGGAUCCACUCAUGACAUUAACUUCCUGCUGAGAGUAUGGGAUUCAGAUUUCCUAAAAGGCAGUAACAAGAGCAGUAAUGGAUAAGGAGGGAGAAAGAAAAUGCUUUCAGAACUGUUGGUCGCAAAUCCUCAAAGAAAAAAGAAAAGAUAGCUUAGGAAAGAUAUUUUUCUAAACAAUGACUUGCUAAUUUCUUUUGCCACUGCCAUUAGGUCUAUUGGAGUCAGCCUUGUAUAUGUAUCUACUACUAACUGAAAGCUUUCUGGAGAUCGUGACCGUCUUCAAACUGAGGAUAAAAAGGAUUUUAUUUAUUUAAGAAUUUUUAUAAUUUAUUUGAGCCAGAGGAUAUGUCUGGAAACAAUCUCUCAACACACUGAGAAAAAUGCUUCCAAAAGGAUUUUAUUUUUAAAACUAAGAUAUUGAUUCUUUAGGUAAAUACUCUAGAGAAAGCUGAGUGGAAGCUAUUCCUAACCCGUUGCUUUGAGAUCUAUUUUGAAAGUGGGAAUGAACACUCCAAACGGGGAUGUUUGGAAAUUUCCCGAGCAUUACCAUUGAACUAAUCUCCAGUUCCUGAGACUUUGCUGGAAUAGGGGUUUUCAAAACCUGUUGUAGCCUUAGAACCCUUUCUUCAAAAGACUCUUUAGCAGAAGCCCAAUGUUUUAAAUAAGAGCUGAGCCAUUCAAGUUGAAGAGAUGACGUAUGUGCAUCACUGAGGGCUGGGGGCUCUGUCUUUGCUCCAGAGUUACUGCCACUUCAACACAAUUAGUGGCUGCCCAGAAAACCACUGAUGGUAUAAAUCAGCAAUUUUAUUUUGGACAAUUCAAUAGUAUGAAAAACUUAAAAUGUGCAUGUCUUUUUGACCUAAAAGUUUAGAUGUGCAAAGCAAUUUAUUAUACCGAAAUACUAGCAUGAGGGCACAAAGAGGUGUGUGACUGUGUGUGUGUGUGUGUGUGUGUGUGUGUGUUUACUCAAAUACAAACAUAUGGCUGUUCAGAGCACUAUUGUUUUUAAUAAUGAAAAAUUGUAAGCAGAAGGUCAGUAGAGUUUUAGAUAAAUAAAUUAUGGCAAUUUCAUGCAAUGGAGUACUAUGCUUUCUAGUAAAAAGAUGUCUAUUGAUAUGGAAAGAUUCAAGACACUUAAAUUUUUAAAAGGUGUAAUCUGUACAGUAUGAUCUAGUUAUUACUUUAAAAAUUUGUAAUGUUUAUAUAAAGAAGAAAAAGCUUAGAAAGAUACAUAUUACUAAUAGAAAAUACCUACAAGGAGGGAGUGGAAGGCUUUUACUUUUAUUAUUUUUGAAUUAUAUGAAAAAUUUAUAAUGAAAAUAUAUUACUUUAAAAAAAAGAAAAGAAAAAAGUACUACUUGGCUAGGGCCUUCCUCCUACUCCUUGGUACCCUGUAAUUGAGUCAGGGCACAUGGUACUACAGUGCUCAGUACAGGACAAACAGUCUAAUUUUAGGGUAGUAUCUGUGCUCAGGCAGUUGGAUUCAAGGUAGGAGGUAAUUUUUUCCCCCUUUGCUUGCUAUUUCUAGUGACCUCUAUCUAUUUUAGUUCGUUUUCCCUGUAAGGGAAAGGACUUCCCUGUAAGUCCACUGAAAUCCUUAUGGAAGAGCACAGGAAUAGAAAUAAAAGUUUCAUUUUUUUCAUUGUAGAAUACUCAGUUUAUCUUUGCAUCGUUUUUUACUUGUGUUUAUAUAUUUCUUUGAUAUCCAUAAGCUUUUCCUGUUAGUAAGUUGCAGAGUUGCCUGUUAAACUUAUAUCCUAAACUUGUUGUCUUUUAAACUUAGAUUCUUCACACACUGCAGGGCACCAAGCAAUAAAAACCUAUUACAGCUCCUCCGUUUUUUCUUCUGUGCCAGCCAUGGUUACUUUGGGAGGUAGGAGCUGACAGGUCUGAAAAUAUUAUAGUAAGUAUUUUCUCUGACA